GAGGAGAGAGAGCGGGGCGCUUGCUCUGGGCUGGGGGGAGGCGGUGGCGGUGAAGGAGGAGGAGAAGGAGGAGGAGCUGGGCCAGCAGGAGGCAGCGGCCGCGACCGGACUGGGGUGAUGGUGCAGGUGCCGGGGGCCCGCGCGGAGCUGCCCGGCUGAGGGGCGCCUGGUCCGGGGUCCGCAGCGCUGCCGCGUCUCUCCCGGCGGCGGGCGGCCGGGCGGGAAGAUGCUGAGCAGGUUGAUGAGCGGCAGCAGCAGGAGCCUGGAGCGCGAGUACAGCUGCACCGUGCGGCUGCUGGACGACAGCGAGUACACCUGCACCAUCCAGAGAGAUGCCAAAGGCCAGUACCUGUUUGACCUUCUUUGCCACCACCUGAACCUUCUCGAGAAAGACUACUUUGGGAUCCGCUUUGUGGACCCAGAUAAGCAGCGGCAUUGGUUGGAGUUUACAAAGUCUGUGGUGAAGCAAUUGAGAUCCCAGCCUCCGUUCACCAUGUGUUUCCGCGUGAAGUUUUACCCCGCGGAUCCUGCUGCUCUGAAGGAGGAGAUAACCAGGUACUUAGUCUUCCUACAGAUCAAAAGGGAUCUCUACCAUGGCCGCCUCCUCUGUAAAACAUCAGACGCUGCCUUGUUAGCAGCUUACAUCCUUCAAGCGGAGAUUGGGGAUUAUGACCCAGGGAAACACCCUGAAGGCUACAGCUCCAAGUUCCAGUUUUUCCCAAAACAUUCAGAGAAGCUGGAAAGGAAGAUUGCCGAGAUUCACAAGACAGAACUCAGUGGUCAAACACCAGCAACAUCAGAGCUGAACUUUUUAAGAAAAGCACAGACGUUGGAGACCUAUGGAGUGGACCCUCAUCCGUGUAAGGAUGUGUCAGGAAAUGCUGCAUUUCUGGCCUUCACUCCUUUUGGGUUUGUUGUUCUGCAAGGAAACAAGAGGGUCCACUUCAUUAAAUGGAAUGAGGUGACCAAGCUGAAAUUUGAAGGAAAGACUUUCUAUCUAUACGUAAGUCAGAAAGAGGAAAAGAAAAUUAUUCUCACAUAUUUUGCUCCAACUCCAGAAGCCUGCAAGCACCUCUGGAAAUGUGGAAUCGAGAACCAAGCCUUCUACAAGCUGGAGAAGUCAAGCCAAGUCCGCACAGUGUCCAGCAGCAAUUUAUUCUUUAAAGGGAGCCGGUUCCGAUACAGUGGCCGAGUUGCAAAGGAAGUAAUGGAGUCAAGUGCAAAGAUCAAACGGGAGCCACCAGAAAUACACAGAGCAGGGAUGGUUCCCAGCCGCAGCUGUCCCUCCAUAACCCAUGGCCCAAGGCUGAGCAGUGUCCCCAGGACCCGCAGAAGAGCUGUUCACAUCUCCAUCAUGGAAGGCCUGGAGUCCCUACGGGACAGUGCCCAUUCCACACCAGUGCGUUCUUCCUCCCAUGGGGACACCUUCCUGCCUCACGUGAGAAGCAGCCGGGCAGACAGCAAUGAGCGAGUCGCUGUGAUUGCAGACGAAGCCUACAGCCCUGCAGACAGUGUGCUGCCCACGCCUGUGGCCGAGCACAGCCUGGAGCUGAUGCUGCUUUCCCGACAGAUCAAUGGGGCCACCUGCAGCAUCGAAGAGGAGAAGGAGUCUGAGGCCAGCACUCCAACUGCUGCAGAGGUGGAGGCCCUUGGGGGAGAGCUGAGGGCCCUCUGUCAGGGGCACGGCAGGCCAGAGGAGGAACAGAGUGGGCAUCUGAAGGGACCACCGCUACAGCAGCAGCAGCAACAGGGGUGGGGUAAGUCUGUCCCCUUAGAAUAGAUCCUAGUGGGCAUCACCAUGAGUCUUGUAUAAUGAACUUAUUAGACUUCUGUGAUUUUUUUUCUGAAGAACCUCGAGAUUUUUAUAGUGUUCCACAGAUGUUAGUUGAAUUCAGUGGUGCCAGAGAUAGGACUAUCAGAAAUGUUGGACAGAGUGUACUUAACAGAAACCAGAGCCAAGGUACUUGAGAAACUGUUGAGAUUCAGAAAGCAGUACCUAUUUUGUACAACCCCCCGCAAAAAAACUAUUUCAAUUUAUAUUUUAACAAGAAAUGUUAUUUUCUUAUCAAUUCAUAUUUUGUUUUUACUUUAUGGAUUAAGAAAAUAGAGCCUGAUGAACUAAACGAUGCAAGAAAGAAACUGAUCCUGAGAAUGGAAAGCUUCAGAAAAUAGAAUUCCAAGAUCAACAAACAGCCUUGAAAGGGACCAGGGAAAGAAUCUCUUUGAACAGGCAUACUAAAACGAUGCCUACAUAAGAAAAAUGGUGAAUGUGGUAGAGACCAACACUUAGUUGUAGAAAUACUGCCCCCUAGGGUCAACCUCCACAUCAGGAAAAUAAAAAUUGUAGGCAGCAUUGGCCAUCCUUGCUGAAGGGAAGCUGUGGAAGCCAUGCAGAAGAACAGCACAGGAAGGGUGAGUGUGGGGUCCAAGACCCAAGCUCUGCAAACUCUUCACAACUCACAAGAUCUUGUUUUCAUCUCAGGGAGAGAUUUCUAAGUCAUCUGGGGCCUGAGGACUCAUUUAAGGAUGGUCAGUAUACAUGUACCUGGGAACCCCACAACAGUGGAGCUGCUGCUAACAUCCUAUGAUGUUGGGCAGCCCCAAAUGCAGAACAGAAUGAGUCACUUGUAGAUUUGCUCUCCCCUAGUUUGUCCUCUGAAAUAGCAGAAUCAUGUCCAUGUACAGAGUGUAACAGCUGUAGAAUUAAUAAGGGCCACAGGGUGGGGGAAUGGAUUGUGUAAUUUUAAAUGCCCCUUCAUCUAGACUAGGGGUUGGCAAACUACUUCUGUAAAGUGCCAGAUAAUAUUUUUUUAGUUUGGUUUUGUGGGCCAUACUCUGUAGCAACUACUCAACUCUGCCGUCAUAGCACAAAAACAGCCAUCCACAGGUAAUACAUAAACAAAGGAGUGUGACUAUGUUUCAAUAAAAGUUUAUUUAUAAAAAUAGAUAAUGAGCUGAAUUUGGACCACAGGCCAUAAUUUGCCAACCCCAUCUAGACAGUAAAACUGCUCCUUACCAGUAUGUUAGCAGAAAGAGGGCCGGCUCUGCUCCCAUUCCUGACUUGCUACAGAUCCAGGACCAUUUCCCAGUGGCAAAACUGGGGAUGUUUGUAUAAAGGGUGCUUGAACAACCAACCAGCAAAGAGGUAUCUGAUGCCAAGAUGAGCAAGAUCAAGUGUUGAAAUGCUAAAACUCGACCAGAAUCUAAGAAUGGAAGAAGAAUGUCUGAUCAUUUCCAUACCAGCAACAAUUUGGGCAGAAUUACAAACAUCUAUUUACCAAGUGACAAGACAAAUUGAGGGAGAGCCUAGUAAAAAUUAGGGAUCACUUAGAACCAACUAGCCACUGCCACUUGUCAUCUACACAGGAAAAGCUUUACUUAGCACAGUACUAAAGUGAAAAGUAGACUCAGAGAUGAAAAGGCUGUCAGGAGUUAACGGGGCUGGUUUUAACCUGGAUAUCUACUGUCUUAUGCAACAUAGCAGAUUAUCUUUUAGUGUAGUGUUCCUACCUCAGUCUGUAGAAUAUGGUGUUUCUAUGCAGUGAGUGAUAGCCUUGACACUGACCUUUCAUACUCACAUUAAAGAAAGAUGCAGUAUUCCAUUUCCUGGUAUGUUACUUGUGUCUAGAGUUCUAACAAAAUAAUAGUCCAUACCACUUCUAAGAGCUGGACUUUGCUCUCUGAACAGAAUUUUUGGGUUAUUUUUUUCCACGGCUUACCCCAGAAAAUACAGAUAGUAAAGUUUCCUUCAAUUUGCUUUUCAAAUACUGCUUGAAUAACAAACCUCCUUUGUUGAUGACUAGUCUUUUUUUGGUAUCUCCCCAUCAUUAAACAUUGUUCACAUUUUUAACCUGGUUUAACUGUGUUCCACUAUGUCUCCCAUUUUCUCUCAAAAUUAGUUUGAUCUCAUUGUAGAAAAUAAAA